AUCCCGCAAUUUCCGACAGUUAGUGAAUGCAGCACGGAGGUAGCGCGGGACUGCGCGAACGCCCUCCUCCUUCUGCUUCUCCUCCCCACUCCUCCUUUCCCUCCCUCUCGCGCGUGUGCCCGCCGGUCAGGGCGCGCGCACGGGAGGUGGCGGGGGUUGUGCUCGCUCUUGCUCUCUCUGCUCUCUGACCCCAGUGGCAGCUCCGACUCACUGCACUCCGGCUCCCCCUCCGUCAGACCGAGGCUGCUCUCUCUCUCUCUCUCUCUCUCUCUCCUGUUGUCUGUCAGUGUCUCUCGCCCUCCAUUCCGACUCUACUCCCCUUCGCUCUCUUGUCUUGGUUCUUUCCACGGGAGCCAGCCGAGGUCCCGCCGGGUCGAAGGUUCUGCCCUAUCCACUCAGACUGCCGCAACCCCUGGACGGCCGCUAGGAAUCUACCCGCUCUCCUGCUGCUGCCGCAUGGACCCGCGUUUCUCCGCCGCUCCUGCUGCUGCUGCUGCCGCCGCCGCCGCGUAGAGGGCGACCCCGACCCGACACUCUUUCUCCGGCCAGAUAAAAAACGCACAAAAAAACCCACACGACGAAGGAGGUCUGGUAUAAAAAGCCCACAGUGGCCACUUUACUAUCAGUCAGGGAGGUCAGACAGAAGGGAAGCUCAGGGUUGCAAGGAGACACACAGCGAAGCCCGACUGCAGUGUGUCGUGGUCGCGUUGGUCGGCCGGGUCGCUGCUGCUGCUGCUGCUGCUGGGAGACUUCCUGGGCUUCUUGAGCGGCUCUGAAGGAUGACCGCUGCACGGCUCGCUGCUGAAUCCCGGUGAACGAACGGCGUCUCAUGUCCAAACGGCGGAAGGAUGGCUCAUGGCAAAGUGACCAUCACGGUGGACGAGUACAGCUCCAACCCCACACAGGCCUUCACACAUUACAACAUCAACCAGAGCCGCUUCCAACCUCCACAUGUCCACAUGGUGGACCCAAUUCCUUAUGACACUCCCAAGCCAGCAGGACACACCAGGUUUGUGUGUGUGUCCGACACACACUCGCGUACAGACGGCAUCCAGAUGCCCUACGGCGACGUGCUGCUGCACAUGGGUGACUUCACCGAGCUGGGCUUGCCCUCCGAGGUUAAGAAGUUCAACGACUGGCUAGGUGGCCUCCCGUAUGAGUUUAAGGUGGUGAUCGCCGGGAACCACGAGCUGACCUUUGAUAAGGACUUUAUGGCCGAGCUGGUCAAGCAGGAUUACUACCGAUUCCCCUCAGUGUCCAAACUCAAACCAGAGGACUUUGACAAUGUCCAGACGCUCCUCACAAACUGUGUGUACCUGCAGGACUCGGACGUUACCAUAAAGGGAUUCCGGAUAUACGGGGCGCCAUGGACUCCGUGGUUUAACGGCUGGGGAUUCAACCUGCCUCGGGGUCAGUCUCUGCUGGAUAAAUGGAACCUCGUCCCUGAAGGCAUCGACAUCCUGAUGACCCACGGACCUCCGCUCGGUUUCCGAGACUGGGUCCCUAAGGAGCUGCAGCGGGUCGGCUGUGUGGAGCUGCUCAACACGGUCCAGAAGAGGGUGCGACCCAAACUUCAUGCCUUCGGAGGCAUACACGAAGGCUACGGGAUCAUGACCGACGGCUUCACGACGUUCAUCAACGCGUCGACCUGCACGGUCAGCUUCCAGCCCACCAACCCCCCCAUCGUGUUCGACCUGCCCAACCCCUCCAGCUCCUGAGACCAGAGGACGGGGGUGGGGAGGGGCGCGAUAAACUACUUCUUUUUUUUUUUCUAUAAAUAUGUCAAGUUAAAAAAAAAACAACAAAAAAAUCCAACUAUGUUUCUUUGCAAACUUUUGAUCUUCUCCAAGCUGUUGUUGAGAUUGAGAAGAUUUGGAGACGCGGGGCGGGGUGGGACGUUUGUCUGGGAGGGUUAAAGGAGAAUACCGGUGUUUUAUUGUUUUUCUAAUUGUGCCAGCAAUGCUGGUUUCCCUCGUAGAUUUUAGUUUUUCUACACACAGCGUUAGCGUAGUUGCAGAUAUCGGAGCUUGUUUCUUUCCAAAAGAACAAGAAUGUUUUUCAAUCUCGUUUCAGUCUGAAAAACAACUUCCACAAAGGGAGAUGAUCCAUGAAGAAACUUUGUCCUGAUUUUAUCGCACAGAGUUGAGCAUUUUUAUACCAACACAACUCAAUGUUACGUUCUGCUUCCUGUUAAUCGAACAUACGUUGCUAUUGUGCAGAAUGCCAGAAGAGAGCAAUGACUCUUUUUAUUAUUUUUAUUAUUUUGUGGCUCAUGAAGUUAUUUUCAACUUAACAAGCUAAUUUUCAUAAGAUCACAAAUCAAUAUGUUUUCAGGGUAACAGGAAAAUACUAAGUGUUAUUUUGUGCUCCUGACAUGAGCUGUUGUCCAUGACAUGGUGCUCUUUGGAUGCUUUUAUAUAGACCUUAGUGGUCCCCUAAUACUGUAUCUGAAGUCUC